AACAAACCGAAAGGUCAAACACGUGCUCUAGAUCUACACAUUUACACGUGGGCAAAAUGGAAGCGCUCUUGAGUACAGAUACUUCUGGCCAGCUCUGGACAGCGUCUCUAGUAGAUCCUUUAACUGGUUCUUCUCUUGCCACUUUCAAGUCUGGAUACAGUUGCCAUAGAAGCCUUUGUUCAACUAAAGAAAGACUCAUCAUUGCAUCAAAAGACAGACCUAUUCUUAGUGUAUGGGACUUUCGAGGAUCACGAAAGGAUGGGCAGCCACAACGUCAGAUGUGCCCAGGAAUUGUUUCAGCUCUAGCGACAUCGGCUGAUCACCAUUACAUAGCAGCAGGUAUCGCAGAGAAAGUCCACAUAUGGCAGCUUACAGAUGGAAUGCUUGUUGCGGUUCUGACGACCCACUACCAGACGGUUACAAAGGUGUGCUUCACGGAUGAUGGCAGCCAUCUUGUUACUGCUAGCAAGGACAAUAUGAUCUUAAUAUGGGAAAUGUCAGAAGUGGUGCACCAGUGCACCCUGGGUAAAUCCUGUAGCCCUCUUCAUGUGGUAUCUGGCCACACCCUUCCAGUAACAGACCUAUUUGUCGGAGCUGGAGGUCCGAUGGCUCAUAUCAUAUCAGCAUCACAGGAUCAUUCUUGUAAAGUAUGGGAGUUAUGCUCUGGUCAGCAGCUGUGCAAUCUUCUAUUUGAUGUACCGGUAGAAUGUGUGACGGCUGAUGCUGCGGAGUCCUGUAUGUUUGCUGGUUGCUCUGAUGGUGCCAUAUACCUAGUCUAUCUCUUUGAUGAGGGAUCCUCCCAGGAAAGGCACAUCAGUAAAUCUGAUCAAUCAGCUGUCAAUGUUUUUCAAGGUCAUAGUUCAUCCGUCACAUGUCUGUCUGUCAGUCUGGAUGGAAGCAUGUUAGCUUCAGGAAGUACUGAUAACACUGCAAGGAUAUGGGAUAUAGGAAGCGGACAGUGCAUAAGAGUUAUACAACACAAAGCAUCGGUAGGGGCUGUACGAUUUGUCUUGCGGCCCGUCGUCGCUCCAACCAAUGCACCCCCUCCCAAGGCGUUGCCCCCUCUCCCUUCAUUUCAGAGGAACUUCUCUUGGUCUGGGGCUAGUGACGCAACGGUUCAAGGUAGUUUUGAAGGUGGUUGUGCAGUCAAGAUUUCUAGGCCUGUUGAGGAUACUGAUGAGAGGUAUGAGGAACAGGUUGGUUUACCAAGGAACAUCCAGGAUGCAAAUGCUCAGAUAUUCAAAUUCCAGAAGCAACCAAGAUCUGAUGAAGAUGAGGUAACAAGGUUAAGAAGAGUCAAUGCCCAGCUCUAUCAUCUUUGUGCAAACUCACUUCUAGACAGGACAGAAUCAGCCAGUUCUGGCAAUGAACAUUAGUGUAUAUUCCAGGGAUGGAGUCCAGACAAGCCUCGGGGGCCUAAUUUUCUAGCCUUGAUUUUGGCUUGGCCUUGGGCUGUCUACAAAGUCUAGAGGAGAAAGUUUUCUCCAGCGGCAUGGUGGCUGGGAACUCCGGGCAGUGACUUUUCCCUUGAUAUAUUCAAACUUGCAGUGUCAUAGUCUGUUGAUUAGAGUAAUCUGUGUUGCCUGCCUGAAAACGGAGAUCACCACAGGGCAAGUUAUCAGCCUUAGCAUGAUGCAUGCCUUAUUUAAAGUCACAUCAAGUCAAGCUCUUUCAACAGAAAGACAGGAGAGAUCUGUGUGGACAUUGAUUGUUCAGAACUGGGUGGUGUUUCAUAAAGACAAGACUGAAACAUGUUCUUAUGUGCCAUGUCAGCUUUAUAUGGAUACAUAAUUUAAUACAAGAAUGGGUCACCAUUCGUGUAUUAAGUUAUGUGUAACUUAAUAAUUCAUAAAACGGCCCAUGGCCAGCUGUGUAGAUCAACAUUAGCAAAUUGGUAGUGACUUGGGAUAUAUCCUUCACCUAUUGGAACUGGUUGGACCUCUACAAAAUAGGUGGGAAUCAAAGAAUUCAAUAGUUAAUUUAUAAAAAUCGUGACUAAGCUGUCCCACCAAUGUAUAUCGCAUCAUCUAGAUCAGAAAGCUAGCUAGAUCAGAGCGAGCAUGUUUAUUCAUGUAAAAUGGCAAAAUGCAAUGAAAAUUAGGUCAGUUUUAAUGAUCCAAUCAGCAUUGUUAUAUUUGACUAUUGUGCACCAACUUGGCUUGACUGGGUCAAUAAGCAUAGAUGAAUUGCUGUGCACAAAGAUUGGAUGGUCAAAUUUGCAUCUACUUGUAACUUUGUCUGAAGUCAAUCUAUUUGGACCACAAGAAUAUGUUUGACUAUAAAGAAAAAUGUGACCUAGAAGAGUAAUAUAUCACAUGGUUUGCAUAAUCAGGGGAGUGUUUCACAAAGAUUUAAGUAUGACUUAAGUCGCACUUAAAUGCUGAUGCGUAAAAGAUUUGCAACGCCCAAUCUUUAUUGAUCAAUCUGCAGUAGUGCGCGUCCUCAUAGCAUGAUCUGUCAAAUGCGGUCAUGCCUUUUAAAGAGCGUGUUAAUAGGCAUAUAAGUGCAACUCUAAGCCAUGAUAGUUAAAUCUAUGUGAAACACCCCCAUGGUCUACAAAUUUGCCUCACCUUCGGUAACUGUUAGGCUAUGUAAUUUUACCUGUAGUGUGGAAAGAGGUCAAUCUACAAAGUCACCAUAAAUUCCUUGUAAAGAAUGAACUAUACAAAUACUAGUGUAUAUUUAAUCUAUAAGUGCUUAUGUAACAAUGGCUUUGCAUAUGCUGCUCUGCUAAAAUCAUGAUAACAGGUUUCCACUUUAGAUUAUUUUGGAAAUGAAAAAUUAUUCCUUAGCAAUUAGAUAAUUCAAUUUUUUAUAUUUAUAAAGGAAAACCUGCAGGUUGUAGUUAUUAAAUCAACCUUUUCCAAACCCAGACAGCCUCUCAACUCUCAUCCAGGUUUUAUUUUCUUUCCCACUGUCUCGUUUGUAACCCUGUAUUCUCUAUGUAUUUGAAAUGCCAAAUGAAAUAAUCAUAAAAUACUUCCGGAGGUUGUUCCAAAUUAUGGAGUGCUAAAUAAAGAUUUUUACCAUUAUAAUUCAAUGUAUUUAUGAAUGUGAGCACGUUCUGGUCUAGUAGUUCUGAUCCACAUCUUUCAAUUAGAAGGUUGUGGGAUCCGAUCCUAGCCAUGGUAUGUUUUCCUUUAAAGGGGAAUCCAACCCAAAUAAAAACUUGUUCUUAUAAGGAAAAGAAAAAUCAGACAAGUUGAUAGGUGAAAGUUUGAACAAUAUUGGACAAACAACAAGAAAGUUAUGAAUUUUUAAAAGUUGUAAAUAUUGGUAAUCACUAUACCCAUGGAGACUUCAAAUUGGCCGCAUAUGGGAUGUCAUAGUGAUGUAAGGCAAGGACUACUCUUCCAUGUACUCCAAUACAUAUUAUGGCUAAAAUGUCAUUUUUCCCAAAAGUUUUAUUUCAAAUUAUAUUUUUCUUUCAUGAGGACAUAAAACAAUAUACUACCUGGGUUAUAUUUAGAUUACUGCCCCAGGGGAAUGGGUACUUAGGAGAAAACCACAAAUCCCUGAUAAUAAAGUACAUGGCCUAUGGGAAAGUUGUCCUUGCCCCUUGUCAUAAUUUACUUACCCAGUUGCCAAUUUGAAAUCUACAUAGUAUUAGUGAUCUCAAUUUUAAAGCAGCUAUAACUUGCUUAUAGCUUGUCCGAUUUCUUUCAAACUUUCACCAUUCUGUUUAAUCUAUUUUUCUCCUUCCCAACACAACAUUUUAUGGCCGAGGCUGGAUUCCCCUUUAACAAAAAAAUUAAUAGACAUUGUGCUGCACUCAACUCCGGUGAUUGGAUACCUGGAAGGUUUUAUUAUUUGAAUGCAUUGUUCACCAGAAACAAGCAGCAGCUCCAGCUUAAGCUGGGGUAUAGUUGUGCUUUGCAUCUAUUGGAAAAAGUGCUAUAAAAAAACAGCUAUUAUUUAAAUGCUGGUUUAUUGAAAAUUUCAAAGUUUUCAAAUUCAAUAAUCAAAGUUGCUUUACAAUUUUUUUUUAGAAUAUUGUUUAAAGUGUUACUCUGAGCUGAAAAUAAUUAUAGCUACAUGAAUAGAGUAAACUUUCCCAAGCAAAACCGUAAAAAUUUCAUCCAAAUCUGAUUGAGCAAUAUUUUGUGUGAAACAUUUUAAGCAUGGCGUCAUGAUUAUUCAUUUAGGUGGUUUUGAUGUCAUAUCCCUACAUUUUUAUUCCAUUAUUACAUGAAAUCAUAAUUUUAUAAUUUUGUACAUGUGUGUAUGAUGUUUUACCCUUGUAAUAAAAUAAGUUGUAGCAAUGGAUAUAGUAUGCAUUAAUUCAGUUUUCAAUCCAAUAUUUUUUUCAUUCUUGAUGGCAAAAUUUGAAUACAAAUUUUAAGUUUAUAACAAUAAAUUAUUUAAUAAAGUAUCAAAAGAACAAGCAGAUAUGUGACAUCAUCAGCUUGCUCAUUGCAUAUUCAGGGAGACAUGCAUAUACGAGUAACUGUUUCACCGAAAUAAUGCAAGCUUAAAAAUGUCAUAACUUUGUAAUUCCUUGUCCGAGUUUGAUGAAAUUUUCAGUGUUUUGUUUGUCUGAUUUUACUUUUUCUGUUCAAAUCAUAUUAUUUUCAGCCUAGAUUAAACCUUUGAUAAAAUCAUAAUAUACCUUUGUCUUCUCAUUUCAUAUGUUAAUUCAAGGUCAUAUCAAUAUUGUUAUUGUUAAGUGCAUAAUGCUUGUGUAUGUAGAGGCUCCUAACACUCAGAGAAUUUAUUAACAAAGACCACAAGCACAUAUCAAUUCUCUUCUUGUGAUCCCAUUUCAUUUCCAUUCAAGGAUAAAUUCAAUGAUAAUAUAAUACAGCAUCUUGUAUAGUGCAUGCCUCUUGGUGAUCUAACAUCUCUAUGGUCUUCAAAAGGACUUUAAUUUAGAAUGGAUUAUUUUCUGCUGUAAUAUCUUCUGCCUUAAAUGACAUAGAUGCAUUUACAGUUGAUGACUCUGUUCUGUCUUUUCUAUGGGGGUUAUUUAUGCACUGCAAUUAUAAUUUACCCCCCCCCCCAAAAAAAAAAAAAAAACACCUUCAAGAUUAUUUAAGAUUAUCAAACUCGGAUGCAUUCAUUAUUUGUUGUAUGAUGCUGUAGCUGUAUUCUGUGUAUUUGGUUUAAAACCACAAAAUUGAAUCCAUGUUUCUUAAGAUAAUAACUACCUCAGUUUGAUUUAACAAUCUCAAAUGACCACUCAAGAGUAAAAUAGUCAUAUGUAUCCUUUUUUUCAAUCAUUUGUUACCAUUUACAAGAGAUUCAGAUUCAUUUUGGUUUAUUUAAAAAAAGAUUCCUCGUUUAAAUAGUCGGGAGGCUGAUAACAAACAAAGGUUACAGAGUAAUCAUAGAUGCAUAGUGAGAUAAGUGAAUCUAAAUAAGAGUUGAACAUUAAUUUAGCUACAGCUGUGAAAUGUGGAGAGCAUUUUUAUUAAUAAUGAGCCUUUUCUUUGUUAAUGUUCUUUCUAAUGAUGUUGAGUUAGAGAGGGUUAAUGUAGUGAUCAUUGGCACUGACAACACCAGUCCGCCUUGAAAUAAAAUAUAUUAAGUGCUUUCUA